AGUGAUGAUAGUAACGGGAGCAUCUUAAAUGAGUGAAAAGUGCAGUUCCACGCCUCCGUAACUCAUCCUAGCUGGCAGUGUUUGUGUUGUGGCCAUGGCGCGGCUCACCGUGCUCAGCUGCUCCUGUUGCUUGAGGGCUUUAUGGACGCCAGAGGAGAUGGAUCAGCACAGAAGAUCACAAGAAAUAGAUAAAGUGUUACAGAAGGAAAGAGAAAGGCUCCGAAGACAAGUUAAACUCCUCUUGUUGGGGGCUGGGGAGUCUGGCAAAUCAACCUUCCUGAAGCAGAUGCGCAUCAUCCAUGGGUAUCGGUUUGGGCACGAGGAGAUCGACGAGUAUAGAGAGACCAUUUACAAAAAUAUUGUUAUGGGUAUGAAGGUUCUGGUGGAUGCAAGAGACAAACUUCGGAUACCUUGGGAGGAUGACACACGAGAGAGCAUUGGAAACCAUCUCAUGAAGUAUAUGUCAUACAUGCCACUAGACAGACAAGUGUUUCUGGAAUAUGUUCCAAGCAUCAGGGAUCUCUGGAAAGAUACUGGCAUAAGACAAGCAUACAACAGGAGGGCAGAAUUUCAGUUGACUGACAGUGUUUCAUAUUUCUUCGAUUCCUUAGACAGAAUAGGAGUUUCGGAGUAUAUCCCCACAGAGAAAGAUAUUCUUCAUUGUCGCAAAGCCACCAAAGCAAUCACAGAGUUCACCAUUCCCAUCCAAAAUGUUCCCUUCCUAUUUGUGGAUGUAGGAGGACAAAGAACACAAAGACAAAAGUGGUUUCAGUGCUUUGAGAGUGUUACCUCCAUCAUCUUUCUUGCCUCGUCAUCAGAAUUCGACCAGCGGCUCCUGGAAGACAGAGUCACAAAUAGGUUAGAAGAAUCCCUCAAUAUCUUCGGGACCAUAGUCAACAAUCGUAACUUUCGUGAUGUUUCCAUAAUUCUCUUUCUCAACAAGACAGAUCUACUCAUUCAGAAAAUCAGAUCAAGACAAAGCAACAUAGCCCAUUAUUUUACAGACUUUGUGGGAAAUCCACAUGAUGAGAGAUGUGUCCAGCAAUUCAUCCUGCACAAAUUUGUGGAGCAGCGAAGAGGAGACACUACUCGCCGCCCUCUCUUCCACCAUUUUACAACAGCCGUGGAUACGGAAAACAUUAAGGUUGUGUUCAAUUCUGUAAAAGAUACAAUACUUCAAAGAAAUUUAGAAACACUAAUGCUUCAGUGAACAUUGUUAUGUUUUAGGAAAGUGGAACACCUUUAUACAAAAUGCAACUUAGAUAUACAUAGCUACUAGAGACUUUGUACAGGACACAGCAGUUUGUGAAGGGAAAGCUACAUACAGUGUGGAAACAUGUUUCCUAGUAAAACAUUGAAAAGUGUAUGAUGAUAAUCUUUAUGUUACAGUUCUGUCUGCUUCAUGAAGGUACACAGUACUGUGCUAUACCAUGCCUCAUUCAUUUAUAGGCAGAUGCUCAGUUCAUGUUAUGCCACAUCAGCUUUCAUUUAGUACAUUAUAAUGGGAUCACAUCUGUUGAAGAAAGAUUUAAUAAGUCCAAUAUUUUUGUUAUGUCCAAAUCAGGCACAAGAAAUAAGGUAAAUCUUGAAAUGUGGAUGUCACGGCGGAAUAGUUUUUAUUUUAUAAAACACGCAACUUACUGCACUGUAUGAAGUAUUGGAUUUUAUUAUAUUUUCACUUCACCAAGAGUUGUAGGAUGUGGGCACCACAUCUGCCUUAUGCUGCACAAGAAAUAGGUUGAUUUACAGCAGUUUGGAAAAACACAUACAUUCCGUAUUUUGUGGCUUAAAAGAACCAUUUAUUUCUUUCUCUUUUUUCUUCUUUUCCUUCAUUAUUCUUUUUCUUCUUUGCUUUAUUUUUUUCAUUUUCUUCUAAUAUUCUUCCUUGAAAAUUUAUUGGAAAAUUCCCAUAUAUAUGUUUUGUA